AAAUUCAGCUGUGAGUGUGAACACAACACUUGUGGUGAGAGCUGUGACCGCUGUUGCCCUGGUUACAACCAGAAACCCUGGAUGGCGGGAACCUUCCUCACACGCCACGUCUGUGAAAAGUGUAACUGUCACGGAAAAUCAGAGGAAUGCUAUUACAACCAAACUGUGGCCGAUGCUAAGCUGAGUUUAAAUAUUCAUGGUGAAUAUGUGGGGGGCGGAGUCUGCCUUAGUUGCUCUGAAAACACAGGAGGAAUUAACUGCCAAUCAUGUGUAGAUGAUAAUAAACAGGUGAUGGAUAUGUCUGGAUGGUAUCUGACAGGAGCGGAUGGGGAGGGGCUUGUGUGGGCGGUGACCAGCAGAGAGACGGCCCACCAGCUCAUCGUGAGCCAAUCAGACGCGCAGACUCACCUGACGGCACCGUACUACUGGAGCGCCCCGUCUGCUUACCUGCGCAAGAAACUCUUGGCAUACGGAGGCCGGCUGGUGUAUUCGCUCUCUUAUGACACAGAGAGCAAAGACGACCCUGAUUUACUUAUUGAAGGCGGCGGGCUGAGGAUGAUUGACAGCAGCUCUGGGGUCGCGGUGUAUCCGUUCUCCACAGCUGAGCGCAGGAUAGAUCUCCUGCCUGAAAGCUUUCUGCAUCACGCGUCAGGACUGCCCGUCAGUAAGAGAGACUUCCACAGCGUCCUCAACAACAUUGAGCGUCUGCUGCUCCGGGCCUCCUUCGCUCAGGAACACAGCGCCAUCUACAGGUUGGGCCGUGUGAGCAUGAGUGUGGCUGCUGAAGGCUCUGGCAGUGGCGUUCAGGCCCGCGCUGUGGAGGUGUGCCAGUGUCCUUUCGGAUAUGAUGGCACUUCCUGUGAGACAUGUGCGGUGGGCUUCCGCAGGGUUAAUGGGACGCUGUAUCGUGGCGUGUGUGAACUCUGUCAAUGCCACGGACACACAGAGCACUGCGACGACAUCACUGGACACUGCCUGGGCUGUAGGGAUCACACGGUAGGACCGUACUGUGAUCAUUGUGCUCCUGGAUACUACGGAGACGCCACCAGAGGAACUGCAGAAGACUGUCAGCCAUGUGCUUGUCCUCUUCUGAACCCAUCGAACAAUUUCAGUCCCACAUGUCACGUCGAUGCCAGAGGUGAGGUGAUCUGCGAUCGAUGCCAGCCGGGUUACACGGGUGCACGUUGUGACAGGUGUGCUAAUGGCUAUUUCGGUCGUCCCAACGUUCCUGGGGGUUCCUGUCAGCCGUGUAUGUGUAACGGUAACCUGGAUCUUACAGCAGAGCUCAGCUGCGAUCCGGUGACUGGAGCCUGUCUGCGCUGUCGGGAGGGAUAUGGAGGCCCGGACUGUGAAAGGUGCGCUGACGAAUACUUUGGAGAUGCCCUCAUAGCCAAGAAUUGCCAAGCGUGUCAGUGUCACACUAAUGGAUCGCUCUCAGAGUUGUGCCAUCAGGAGACCGGACAGUGCCAGUGUCGACAACAUGUUGUUGGACGUCAGUGUGACGAGUGCAUGUCUAGCUUACACAUGCAGGGCGCUCAAGGCUGCGUCCCAUGCCAUUGCAAUUCAUUCGGAUCGAAGUCGUUUGAUUGUGAUGAGAGCGGUCAGUGUCGCUGUCAGCCUGGUGUGACGGGACAGAAGUGUGACCGCUGCGCUCCCGGACACUUCAGCUUCCAGGAAGGCGGCUGCACACCAUGCCAGUGUGCCCAUGUGGGAAAUAACUGUGACGCUAACACAGGUCAGUGUAUCUGUCCACCCAACACCGUGGGAGAGAGAUGUGACAAAUGUGCGCCCAACCACUGGGGUCACGACAUCAGCAGCGGCUGUAAGUCAUGUGGUUGUAACGCGCUGGGGUCUGUAGCACAGCAAUGUAACGUGAACACAGGCUGCUGCAUGUGCCGUGAGCAGUUCAGGGGUGAGAAAUGUGACGAGUGUAAGCUGGGUUACAGAGACUUCCCACAAUGCAUUUCCUGCCAGUGCUCGGCGGCAGGCUCAUCACUGGACACCUGCGAUGCAGAGUCUGGUCUCUGCGCAUGUGCAGACAGAAGUGGGCAGUGCUCAUGCAAGGCUAACGUGGAGGGAGUGAAAUGUGACCGCUGUAAGGUGGGCUCGUUCAGCCUCAAUCACAGGAAUCCACUGGGCUGCAGUCAGUGCUACUGCUUCGGCUUGAGCAGCUCAUGUACAGAGGCCACGGGACUCAUCCGUAUGAGGCUGACUCUGAUGCCAGAACAGACCGUUCUUCCUCUUGUGGACAAAUCCAGUCAUCAGGAGAUCACAGCAGGUGUGAGCUUCCAGCAUCCUGACAUCAUCGCUAAUGCUGAUGUGGUCCAGCAGCAUCUGACUGAGCCGUACUACUGGAGAUUGCCAAAACAAUUCAAACGCUCCAUGAUAACAGCCUAUGGUGGGAAGCUGAAGUAUGCCAUCUAUUACGAGGCUCGUGAUGAGACGGGCCGCACCUCUUACGAGCCCCAGGUCAUCAUAAAGGGCGGACCCAACAAGGACAAGGUCAUGGUCCGCCACAUGCCAGCACUUCAGAUUGGCCAGCUGACCCGUCACGAGAUUGACAUAACAGAGCACGAAUGGAAACACAAGGAUGACAGGCCGAUGUCUCGUGAGGAUUUCAUGGACGUGCUGUUUCAUGUCGAAUAUAUCCUAAUAAAGGCCUCACAUGGCAGCGUCAUGAGACACAGCAGGAUUUCUGAGAUCACUUUGGAGGUGGCUGAGGUGGGGACGCCCUCAAAGGACAGUGAAAUCGCCCAUCAGAUUGAGAAAUGUGACUGUCCUCUGGGAUACGCCGGUCUCUCCUGUGAGGAAUGUGCAGCUGGGUUCUACAGGCUCUCUGUUCAUGCCGGUGGAGCCGCGUCCAGAGCGGGCUUUGGCACCUGUGUCCGGUGCCAGUGCAAUGGACACAGUGACUCAUGUGAUCCUGAAACAGCCGUCUGCCAGAAUUGUCAGCAUAACACAGUCGGCGAUAAGUGUGAGCAAUGUGCUGCAGGGUUUUACGGCGUCGUGCGCGGCUUUACCGACGACUGCAAACCCUGUGCUUGUCCGCUCCUCAACCCGGAGAACAACUUUAGUCCCACCUGUCAGACGGAGGGUUUUAAUGACUACCGCUGCACCGCCUGUCCUGAAGGCUACGAGGGAAUACACUGUGAAAGGUGCGCCCCUGGUUUCCAUGGUAACCCGAGUGUGUUGGGCGGCCGGUGCGAGGAGUGUAAGUGCGACGCUUACGGUGCAUUUCCCACAGCGUGUGACCCGCGCUCCGGACAGUGCCAGUGUCGUCCCGGAGCCAGCGGCCUGAAGUGUGACCAGUGCAUGGAGAGGCAUGUGUGUGGCCCUCAGGGCAUCGUGUCGUGUGACGACGACUGCGCGGGACUCUUGAUUCGUGACAUGGAUCGUCUGCUGCGUUUGAUUGGCAGCGUCAAUCUCACUCUGCCCCUCCCCCUGCCGUAUAAAGUGCUGUAUCGAUACGAGAACAUGACGGAGGAGCUGAAGCACAUGCUGUCCCCUCAGAGAGCCCCGGAGAGACUGCUGCAGCUGGCUGACAGUAACCUGGGCAGUCUGGUCACUGAGAUGGACGAACUGCUCAGCAGGGCAACUAAAGUGUCUGCUGAUGGACAGCAGACGGCAGCAGAUGCAGAGCGGAGCCGCAAAGGAGCCGAGGACCUGGAGCUUUACGUCAGGAACACACUGCUGGCUGCUGAAGCUUUACGGGACAAAGCACGUGAGCUGAACGCGACUCUGGGCUCGAGGGACGGGGCUCCUGAGAAGAGUGUGAACGAGAUGAACGAUGAAAUCCAAGCCAUGCUCGCAGAACUACGCAAACGCCAGCUCUCCGGCAAGAAAAACAUCGCUGACGAAGAAUUGGGUGCCGCAGAGGCUCUUUUGGCUAGAGUGAAGCGUUUGUUUGGAGAUCCACACCAGGCCACAGAGGACCUGAAGAAGGAGGUCAGUGAUAAAAUGGGCGAUUACAGGCAGAAACUGGACGAAGCUCAGGAUCUGCUGAGGGACGCGCACAACAAAACCAAGCAGGCCGAAGGACUGGCUGAUAACAACCAACUGAACCUCGAACGUCUGCAGGGAAAGAGGGAUGCGGCCGGUAAACAGAAAAAGGAAAUGGAGGGAAUUUUGGCGGAAGGAGAGAAGAUGCUGGAUGAAGCUAACGCUCUCUCAGACAGCAUCAACCAGGGCAAAGAGGAGCUGGAGGAGAUGGCCAGAGAGUUGGGUCCCCUGCACGAUAAGUUGGAUUUUAAGGUGGCACGUUUGGGUCGGGGUCUGGACGACUCCAUCCCUGAUCUGCUGCUGAGAGCGGAGGACCACGCCGGCCAGCUCAACGAUUCUGCUGCCAUACUCGACAGUAUUCUAGCUGAGGCAAAGAACCUGUCCUUCAACGCCACCGCUGCUUUCAAGGCUUACACCAACAUCAAGAACUACAUCGAUGAGGCUGAUAAGGUGGCCAAAGAGGCAAAGAAAGCCAGCAUUGAUGCUCUACAGCUGGCCUCAGGACCCAAAGGAUCUCUGAAAGACCAGGCCAAGGGUUCGGUUCAGAAGAGCCACCGCCUGUGGAACGAGGCCAAAGAACUGCACAAUGACGUGAAAGAAAAUGGAGAGAAUCUGGGUGCUCUUCAGUUCAGACUGAAAGGAGCCAACAAAAAGAACAAAGACUUACAGAAAGGCCUGAACGACACAAUGGAGAAACUCAACGCCAUCCCUGAUGAUCUGGCAGCGAAGAUCCAGGCCACUAAGCUGAAGGCGGCGGAGGCCAACGACACGGCCAUAGACGUGCUCCACCGCCUGAAGGACAUGAACCUCAACCUGAUGGGCCUGAAGAGGAACCACAGCAAACUGGAGGACGACGUCAAGACAGCCAACAACCUGAUCAAAGACCCGGAGAAAAACAUUCACGCGGCCGGAGCUAAAGUCAAGGAUGUGGAGAACGAGGCCGAUAGGUUGUUGGAGAAACUGAAGCCCAUUCAGGAGCUCCAGGACAACCUGAAGAAAAACAUCUCGCAGAUCAAAGAGCUCAUCAGCCAGGCUCGCAAACAGGCCAACUCUAUUAAGGUGUCUGUGUCAUCCGGUGGAAGCUGUAUCCGCACCUACCGGCCAGAGAUCAAGAAAGGCCGCUAUAACACCAUCAUCCUCCAUUUGAAGACCGUUGCUGCUGAUAACCUGCUCUUCUACCUCGGAUCGGCCAAAUACGUGGAUUUCUUGGCAGUGGAGAUGAGGAAGGGUAAGGUGAACUUCCUGUGGGAUGUGGGAUCAGGGGUCGGCCGUGUCGAAUAUCCCGAUCUCGUCAUCAACGAUGGAAACUGGCAUCGGAUCGAGGCCUCACGUAUCGGGCUGAACGGCAGUAUCUCGGUCCACGCGCUGGAGGGACCCAAAACAGGCAUCUUACCGACCCUCAGAAGUGCCAAAUCACCCGAGACCUACACCGUGCUGGAUGUGGACCAGAACGCUUACCUGUUUGUCGGCGGCAUGCUGGGCUCAGUGAAGAAAGCAGAUGCUGUGAAAACCACCACGUUCUCAGGCUGUAUGGGAGAGACAUCUCUAGAUGGAAAACCCAUCGGCCUCUGGAACUACAGAGAGAGAGACGGAGAUUGUGCUGGUUGUGUGGUCAGUCCUCAGCCGGCGGAUACUGAAGGCACGGUUCAGUUUGACGGAGAGGGAUACGCCGCCGUCAGCCGACCCACCCGAUGGAACCCAAACGUUUCCACGGUCAUGUUCAAGUUCCGCACGUUCUCCACAGACGCGCUCAUGAUGUACUUCACCACCAAGGACAUGAAAGACUUCAUGAGUGCAGAGCUGAGGGAUGGGAGGGUGAAAGUGAGUUAUGAUCUGGGCUCCGGCACCGGCUCCAUCAUCAGUGCCAAACGCUAUAAUGACGGCAAAUGGAAGUCGUUCACCAUGUCCCGCAUGAAGAAAGAAGCACAAAUAAGUGUCAUCUUUUGUUUUAGUUAGCAAUAACACCGGUGCAAGAUGGCGUCUCCAGGUGGAGCUACAGGCCUCAACCUGAGGGAGGAUGAGAGGAUGUAUUUUGGCGGUGUACCCAAGACUGGAAACUACAGGUCAGAGGUGGUUUUGAAGAGGUUCUCUGGCUGUAUGAAAGACAUUGAAGUUUCCCGAACGCCGUACAAUCUGCUGAGCAGCCCAGACUACACAGGACUGAUCAAAGGCUGCUCCAUUGAGAACCUGCACACCGUGAGCUUCUCCAGGCCCGGGUACAUGGAGCUGAAGCCUGUGUCAUUUGACGUGGGCUCAGAGAUCUCUCUCUCCUUCAGCACGAAGAGUGAAAACGGCAUCAUCCUGUUCGGCAGAGGAGGACUGACCUCUAUGACGCAGCUGACGCAGGGCCUGACGCCUGUCCACAUCCCACGCCGCUCGCGCAGACAGACCGGAGAGCCCUUCCUGUCUGUGCAGCUGAAUAAAGGGGCUCUGGAGGUGCUGGUGUUCACAGGCAGCAAGAGUCCACGCAGAGCUUUCAGAAAAGCGGAUAAGGGAAUACUGCAUGAUGGGAGAGAGCACUCACUGCGCAUCCAGAGACUCGCGGGAGCAUUAUUCACUGUGCAGGUGGAUGAAGAACCACUCUUCCAGCAGCCAUUACCCAACGAUCAUCCUCUGAGCAUCCAUCGGCUCUUCAUCGGAGGCAUCCCGGCAGACAUAGAAACAGGUGUACAGCGGCCCAACGUGCCGUUUGAGGGCUGCAUCUGGAACCUUCUCAUCAACACAGUGCCCAUGGAUUUCUCUCAGCCCGUGGCCUUUGAGAACGCAGAGAUUGGGCAGUGUCCUGACCUGGCCCCGCCUCCACCCCCGCCCGAGACCCCUGAGGAGGAGGAGGAGGAGGACGAAGAGGAAGAGGCUCCAGCCAAACCAGCGCUCAUCCCUACAGAAGCAGCUCGGCCUCCACCACCAGCCUCCACUGCCACGCCCCUCACAGAGGCCACGCCCAUCCCAGACACGCCCACCAGUGUCAAAGAAGUCGCGGUGUCGUGCGCAGCAGAGGCGGAGCCUGUCGUGCUGGAACUGGCCAAACAGUUCGGUCUCUCCAGAAACAGUCACAUGGCCUUUGAGUUUGAUGACAGAAAGGUGAAGAACAGGCUGAUCAUUGAGUUCGAGAUACGCACAGAAGCAGACUCUGGGCUGGUGUUCUACAUGGCCAGGAUAAACCACGCUGACUUCGCCACCAUCCAGCUGAAGGAGGGAAUGGCUCACCUGAGCUACGAUCUGGGCAGUGGCAACACCUCCGUCAGCGUGCCGCGCAUCAUCAACGACGGGCAGUGGCACAAGAUCCGUGUGACGAGAGAGAAGCAGAGAGGUUUUCUCGUGAUUGACGGCCGUUACUCCAAACACACCACCAGCCCAAAGAAAGCUGAUAUUCUGGAUGUGGUGGGAAUGUUGUAUGUGGGAGGUUUACCGCUCAACUACACCACCAAACGCAUCGGUCCAGUGCUGUACAGUAUCGAUGCCUGCAUUAGGAACUUCAAGAUGAUGAAUCUGCUGCUGGACAUGGAGAAACCCACAUCCAGCUACCGCGUGGGCUCCUGCUUCGCCAACCCAGAAAAAGGAACUUAUUUUGAUGGCACAGGCUAUGCUAAAGCUGUGGACACAUAUCGAGUGGGUAAUGACGUGUCCGUGGAUCUGGAGUUCAGGACGUCACAGAGCAGCGGCGUUCUGUUAGGCAUCAGUAGCCAGAAGAUGGACGGACUGGGCAUUGAACUUGUCAACGGAAAGUUUUUAUUCCAUGCUGAUAAUGGAGUGGGACGCUUCACAGCCGUAUAUGAGACAGAUCCGGAGGAGGGGCUUUGUGAUGGACAGUGGCACACUGUCUCCGCCCACAAGCUGAAGCACCGCCUGGAGCUCGUCGUGGAUGGCAAGAAGUCUGAGGCAGCGAGUCCAGACGUCCGCUCUGCCUCCGCCGAUACCAAUGACCCUGUGUAUGUGGGCGGAUACCCCGAGGGUCUGAAGCAGUUUGGACUCACUAUAAACACACCGUUUAAAGGCUGCAUGAGAAAUGUGAAGAUCACUAAAGCUGGGAAGACUCUGGAGGUGCAGAUGAACAAAGUCCUGGAGCUCAGAGGAGUUCAACCUCUCACCUGCCCUGCUAGUUAAACGCACACGCUCUCACCUGCCCUGCUAGUUAAACGCACACGCUCUCACCUGCCCUGCUAGUUAAACGCACACGCUCUCACCUGCCCUGCUAGUUAAACGCAGACGCUCUCACUUGCCCUGCUAGUUAAACACACACGCUCUCACCUGCCCUGCUAGUUAAACGCAGACGCUCUCACUUGCCCUGCUAGUUAAACACACACGCUCUCACCUGCCCUGCUAGUUAAACGCAGACGCUCUCACUUGCCCUGCUAGUUAAACACACACGCUCUCACCUGCCCUGCUAGUUAAACGCAGACGCUCUCACUUGCCCUGCUAGUUAAACACACACGCUCUCAC